GUAGUUUGUGUUUAGAUGUGGUCAAGAGUAGAUGCAAUAACGUCGAUUCUUUUAAAAUUUCAUUCAUAAGAUUUUCUGUAUUGUUGUAAUAUCUAUUAAUGGCCACUCCUCGGUAAAAUAAAAAUUGUCCGGGCAUAUUGAACAGAUUUUGUAAAAAAAAAUUCGAAAUGUUUUAAAAGCUAUUCGAACAUUUACUGAAAGUUCAAAAGUUUAACUAUCGAUUUUGAGAGAACAAAAAAAGACAAAAAUUAGUGGUUUUGCGUACGUCAACAUGAGUGUCGCCUAGCUAAUUAAAAAUUAUUAUUCUUUUUUAUUAAGUUGUUGUUUUUGUUUAAUUAAAAACAUUUCGCGGUGACAGCAUAUUUACUGGAUACUAAUUAUGGAAUUUUUAAGUGUUUACAAUUAUAUCAUAGACGAGCACAUGAGAGAUUUUAAGCGAAAUAGCCAGCAUUUUUGGCAACCAUGGCGAGAUUUACAUAAAAGACGAGACACACGUAUAUCAAACAAAGAGCUUCCAACAACGAAAUGGCGCCGGGAACGUCGCAUUCGUGUAUCAUCCGAAUAUCAUUCACCUCCGUCGCCGGGUGUUAAGCCACUCAGCGAAUCCAAUUCGACAAAUAGUGCUGAAACGCCGCUGGACAUGUCGGUUCCAUCGAAGCCUCGAACUCCGCCACCACCAUAUCGGGAACCGUUGCCCGGAUCCACAUUCGCCACAACAUUGGCUCGACCGAGCGUAAUUACGCAGGCACCCAAAAGAGAAAUCAUUUCCAAUCGAGAGAAUAAAGACACAAUUGCUAAUGAAUCAAUUUCCAUGAUCGAUCCAGUCAUCGACGAACACUUCCGACGAUCAUUGGGCGCAGAUUAUAUGAAUUUGUUUGGCAAUAAGAAGAGUACAAAUCUGAAAAUAAUUUCCAAAAAAAUAUCACCAAUACCUCCAGCAAAAGCCACAUCGCCAACGCCGGCUCCGGCUGUACCGGUUCCGGAACAAGUGGACACCAUUGAAAUGUCGGUGGACGAUCAUUUUGCGAAGGCAUUGGGCGGUGAUACGUGGAAACAAUUGAAGGACAGUCGAAGUGAUACAAGUCUUGAUGGCUCAUCGGUUCGGCAAUGUGUCAAGAACUAAGAAAUUGAAUUAAAUUUAAUUGGCUUGUGUGAAUAUUAAUAAUUUAAUUUAAUUUAAUUAAACAAAUAAAUGUAAUGUGGUGUGAAUAUGUAUGCUAUGGCAUUGUAUAUAUAAAAUAAAGAUGAUUUUGUAGACGAAUGUAUAAAAAGGUUUAGACAACUGAAAGUGCAACAAAUUGAACGUAAAAAUUUCAUUGAGGUAAAUAUUAUAGAGAAUCAAACGAAUUGUGUCAAAAAUAUUUUGAAAUUUUAACUUUAAUUGCUUAAAUGCUUACAUUAAAGUGCUCAACCAGUGAUGUCACGGUUCCUAAAAAAGAAAAGUUUCAAUUUUUAGUAGCGGCGCGAUGAAUUUAAAAUGAAAAUGUUUUCCUCAAAUUAUUAUACCAUGAAGACACUCUGACAAAUAUACUUCGGAUAUUCCAUUGGUAAGGUUGAAUGAAAACAAUGUUUAGAAGGUGCCAAAGAGAAAAUUUUCUAAUUUAUUGUCUGUCCUCUCCAAACAAAUCGUUAAAAAGUCUUCCGUAUAUUAAUGCGUCGUCACUGUAAUAUAAAACCUCAGGAAAGAUUACGGUCGAAAUGGAAAUCGUACUCGGGAAAAGACAAUGUUUGAACUGGAAAGUUGUAGAAAAAUGAAAAAUCUGAAGUAAAUAUUUCUUUAUUUUGAAUUAAAAUAAUUAUGAAUAGCGCGGUGUAUAUUAUUAUGAAUUAAUUAACGAGAUCACAAAUUAUAAACAAGUGAAGAGAAGAAACUAUUUAAAGAAAAAAAAAUUAAAUUAAUUAACUGAACGAAUUCCUAUAUUUAAUUAUAAAAUUUUAAUUUAACUUUUUUUAUUGUAAAAUAAUUUUUUUUCUGUUGAAUUAUUAAUAAAGUAGCAAUUAAGUGAUAUAUGCAAUUUUCCUCAUAAUUUUAUUUAAAAAUU